CUCUGCCUGUGCCUUCCUGAUUAUGUCUUUCACUUCUAUCAGUCUAGGUUCCAUCAUGUCAAAUUCCUCCUGGUGUUCGGAGGGUUGAGGAGUUGAAAUUCUUCCAAAUCCUGUUCUUGGAGUGGGUCGCUGUGUUUUCUUCAGGUGGUCUUCCACCUCCCUCUUGGGGCAUUGCAGUCUUCUACUCUUCUUGUCCCCUAGUAGUUUGUUUGUGAACUUGUAGGGGUUACAUUUCUGCCCUUUUCUGAGCUCUCUCCCUCGUGUUCCUGCAGUGGUUUUCAGCACACCUCAGGCUGCAUAGUUGCUGUCAUAGUGUGUCUUGUAGUCCCUUGUAGCUCUGCUCUCUCUUCUUCCUCUGCUGCUGUUUACCUUUUCUUUAGUCUCCUCAGGUAUUCUAUUAUUGCCGCUAUCUCCCUCUCUUGCCUGUUUGGUUGUUAAGCUGUGCAUGUCAUUUUUUGGCAUGGGUCCCAAAUCUACCUUGCCCAUGUUGCACAUGAUCGCAGGAAGGGCUUCCAACUUGCUUUCUCCGCUCCCGGAAAGCGUUGUCUCAUGCACCAUGUCUGUGUCACUGUCAAACUGUGUCCAGCUGUUCUUGUUCACUCUUGGGCCACUGUAUCCUCUGUAAUUUCCUGCUGUUGAAUGCUUUCUGAUCGGCCUCUGUUCACUGGCCCUCUCUGUGAUUCCUUCAACCGGCUCUAACUCUGUGGUUUGUGUCCUGGUUUGGUUCCUUCGCCGUCUCACCAAGGUCUUGCCUUGUGCUUGUCACCCGUUGUUGGGGUGCUAAACAGCCCAUUUUGGUACGGUGGAUUUUCAGCCCUCUCGUUCUUAAGCACUUUUCCACAACUGCAUGUUCGAGUCCAUGUCUCGUUGUCUUUUUUUCAGGAAAAGUUGUCAUCUGUGUCUGGCCAGUGAGCCGUUCAUCCUCCCCUCAUUGGGUGAAAAGGAAUAAUAUCAGGGGAUCACCACACAGAGAAGAGGUGGGACGAGGAACACUGCUGGUGUUAACCUGGAUAUUAUCCAUCAACAACAGAGCUGCUGAUGUCCAUAUAAAAAGCUAUACAUUUCUGAGAAGGAAAAAAAAAAUAAAAAAAUUGGGUGGUCAUCGUUGUGGCUGGUCACUGAGAUUCUGAGAUAUGGCUUCUAGCCUAACAAGUGCGGGCGUGGUGUGGGCCCUGCUCUCCUUCCUGUGUGCGGCGGCCUCUUGCGUGGGUUUCUUCAUGCCCUACUGGCUCCUAGGGUCCCAGAUGGGUAAACCGGUCUCCUUUGGGACCUUCCGGAGGUGCUCGUACCCGGUGCGUGAUGAGGCUCGCCAGGCCACGGUGAUGCUGGAGCAGUGUGGACGCUACGCCUCGUUCCAGGGCAUCCCUAGUCUGGAAUGGAGGAUUUGUACGGUGAUAAUCGGGUUGGGCUGUGGCCUGUUGCUCCUGGUGGCACUCACGGCCCUCAUGGGAUUCUGUUUGUCUGAUCUCAUCUCUAGGACCAUUGGACGUGUGGCUGGGGGCAUCCAGUUUUUUGGGGCGUUGCUGAUUGGGUCGGGGUGUGCGCUCUACCCUCUAGGUUGGGACAGUGACGAAGUUCGACAGACCUGCAGCAAUAGAUCCAACCAGUUUGAGCUUGGUUCUUGUGAGAUUGGCUGGGCGUUCUACUGUACCGGAGCAGGGGCAUCAGCAGCCAUGAUGUUAUGCACCUGGAUGGCCUGCUUCGCUGGGAAGAGACGGAAGCAGUACCCGUACUGAUGUCAUCUAGGCGGGACAGCCACAGAGACCAUGAUGACCACCUCCCCCAACACCCGUCAUCACUGGCAAUUGAAGAGACUCAGAGCAAAGGAUAAUAUCAGGGGGACAGUGUCUAUGGGCGCAUUCGACAUUGCAGCUGACUUUAAAGGCGAGUCGAGACUGAUCUACAAAUCACCAUCAUAAAUAACUACUCAAUAUUAUUUGUAGAUCAGUCAGUCAGUCACAAUUUACCCAUGGAACAUCACAAUUUUGAUGCUCUUGAACACGGCCUGUAAUGCCAUAGGCUAGUUAUGCACUCUGUCAUCAUAAUUGAAGCAGAGCGGACUACCUUCUGGUGCAUUUGGUACUGAGGCAGAAAAUAAUAUAACACAAUACAUUCGCAAUUACACUUCAUUGUCCAACAGAGCAUUUCAAAAGAGUGUAGUCUACAUACUUUGUAUUCAUUGACAGCAAGAACAACAUCUGUUUCUAUCUCUAUUUUCCUUGGGUUGUAUGGUUGCUUCUCUAUUCCUCCUCCUAUUCUAUUCUGUCAUGUCCCUGUACUAUAACUUUGUGGUAACUGAAGUAGUGGCACAACCAGUGGUAAAGAUAUAUUAAAUUACUAUACUUUUGAUAUUACUUUUAUUGUAUUUUACAUCCUGUAUUUAAUAAAUAUGUUAUGUACCCCCACAUUGGCCUAGUAUUGCCUUAAAGACCCGUAAAAAGCUCAUUCUCAUGGUGUCGAUAUGAGUCCAAAACAUUUAUUGUAGCGUCAAAAUGUACUACCAAGUGUAAAUUGGAUAAUUUUGGUCAUAAAGUCAGUCUUGUCCAAAAGGGAGAUUUGCAAGAUUAUAGGAAAGCUUGUAUGUCACAUAAUGAAGGGUACCAUAAAAGUUUUCCUUGGGUUGGGUUUAUUUAAAUCCUGCCCACAGCUGGCAGCACCCAAGUAAUCAUCAAUUUGGAGCGCAGCUGGACGCAACCUGAUGCAAUGUUCAAUUUGGUUUGACAUUCAAUAUCCCUAUGGGGCUGGUUAGGGACCAUCAGUAAAUGACACAAUGUACCUGCGACAAUAUUUUAAAAGGUCAAAAGCUCCAAAUUUCAAUUACUUAAAUCUCAAACCAACUAUAAAUUGGAGAAAUUCAUAUACAAAUAUUGAAAGCUAAAAGAUGUGCAACAUGACAAUAUUGAACCAUACGUUGUGUCAUUUAUUUGUCCCUAACUAGAGCCAGAGAUAGGCUAUCCAAUGUCAAACAAUGUCAAACAAACUUUGUCACUGUGUUACACCAGUGAGCUGUAGCUAAUUGGUGAAAUAAGUUUGCUUGCACUAGCUAGCCUAGACUUCAAGACUCGAGACCUGGUUUGACUGUUUCAAGUUAUCUAGAAGGUUGAGUGACUGUGUACUGUUGUGGCAGAGUGAUUAUACACACAUGAGACACCCACGUUAAACCACCACUCCAAAACAACUCUUGUUUGGCUUCAGUCAUGACUGCUGCAUUUCUUAAUGUCCAAGCCGAAUAACGAGGCCAAACGUUCAGCACCCCUUUUAAAUAUAUAAACCCUUACUGGUAUCUUGCAAUCAUUUUGAACUGUUAUCAUGUCAGUAACUAUUUACAGUAUAGCUAUAAAACAGGGAAUGUUGAAGUCCCUGAAUGUAUGUCUGACAUAUUUUUGUGUGUGUAUGAUGUACAGUAUAUUGUAUAACAUUACAUUUGAAUGAAACACAAUAGAUAUGACCCUGUAAAUAAAUUGUUACUUUAAAGUCUUAAUAAAUAUUCACAAACCUUUCAGAAGUGGAGAAGUUCUAAAGCUGUAGCUCCACUUAAUCUGAAUUGAAGCACUUGG